UUGAGUCAGGAGGAAGAGAGGGUUGGCUGGGUAGGAGAAGAGAGUGGAGAUUUUAUUUUUUAUUUUUUAAUCAUUUUUAAUGAUUUUAAUAUUAUUUAAAAUUUAUUUUUAACAUGUAUAUAAUUUUUUAUUAUUUAUUUGUUCACCUUUAAGUUCACAUUAAUUUAAAAAUAGGUCUCAUAAAUGCCAUAUAAGCAAAUAAUAGAUUUUUUGACGAUCUCGCUAACGGAGGAAGUAAAUUGUAAGUUUUUCCUGACGUUAAGUAUAUACUCGUAAAUGUCCUCAAAAUUGGGUAUAAACUCGCAAUGAUCCUAUAGAUUGGGAAUUUACUGUAGUUUGUCCAUUAUAAAAUCAAUGCAAGAAAUGUGGUUUAUUAUAAAUUUCUCAAAAAGAAUCCGAGCUACAGCAAGUUUAGUUGCUCUCUCCUCCGUUAUGCUCUUCAAGUUGGCGCGAGAGACCCUCCGUCUCCGUCGCUCGCAAUCCCUCUUCAUUUAAGGUAUUCUGUAGUGCUUUAAGCCUUGAAGUGUAGAACUUAGAAGAUUUUAUGAUACGGAUGGAGAGUGCUAGAAUAGCAAGGUGUAGUUAUCGUGCUGUUACUGUCAUGAUUGCAUUGUCUGAACAUAGUAAAUAUGUGGAUAUGUGUAAUGAGAUAUGUUUAAGGUUUAAGGAACUUAAGGUAGGGAGUUAUGAGCUGACAUAUUCUCUUCCUGAGCAUCCUACUUGUUUGCUGCAAUCAGAUAUGGACGUGCAUUUGAUGCUAAUGUGUUUAUCAAUGUUGAAGAUUAGUUUUGUUGAUAUACUGGUGAAGGAUCUGGUGAGUUCAAAUAAAGAAGAUGGUGAUCAUACAACAUCUAAUCAAGCAGCUUCUAAUCAUUCAGCAUCUAAUCAUGCAGCAUCUAAUCAAGAAGCUUCUAAUCUUUCAGCAUCUAAUCAUGUAACAUCUUCUUCAUGCAUGGUAGAAAAUAGUGCUGUUGACGAGAAUGAACAUUUGGAUAACUCCAGAUUGCAUGAAAGCAUUGCAUAUUUGUCUGAGGGUUGGAAGGAAUAUAUUAAUCAUGAAGGUCAGAAGUUUGUGGGCGGGGUAACCGAAUUUCGGAACAAGUUGCGUAAGUACGCAGUUGGUAUGGGAUUUCGUUUUGUCUAUCAAUCCAAUGAUAAGUCACGUGUUAUUGCUGAUUGUUUUAAAAAGAAAUCAGAUGGAUGUAAGUGGUGUGUAUAUGCUUCGCUAUGUCAAGCUAAUGGUUUUUUCUACAUAAGGACUUUAAAUAAUGUUCACACGUGCAUGGGUGUUGGUCGUGAGAAGAAAAGCAAAAUGAUUACGUCAAAGAUGAUAUCCUCUAUUGUAGUUGAUAAAAUCCGUGAAAAACCGUCAAUUAAACCAAUAGAUAUUGUGAAGGACUUUAAGCAGAACUAUGGUCUUGAGAUUUCUUACUAUAAUGCAUGGUACGCGAAAGAAUUGGCUAAGAGUGAAGUUCAUGGUGAUGAAUCCUUGUCUUAUAGUCAAUUAGUUUGGUAUCGUGAUGCUUUAAUGUCAACCAAUCCUGGAUCAUCUUGUGUUGUAGAGUGUGAUUCAAAGACUUCUCGCUUUCGGAGGCUUUUUGUUUGUUAUGGUGCUUGCAUUGAGGGCUUUCAAUGGUGCAGACCUUUGUUGUUCAUAGAUGAAACUUUUCUGAAAAGCAAGUAUAAAGGGCAGCUAAUUGGUGCCACGGGGAAGAAUGGAAACCAAGGAUUUUUCCCCUUUGCUUUUGCUAUCAUGGAUUCAGAAAACAAGGAAAACUGGAGCUGGUUCUUUGAAAAUUUAGCUAAAGUUUUGACUCCACAAGGUAGGACCAUUACAUUUGUAUCUGAUCAUAACAAAGAUGUGAUUGAAGCUGUUUCAAACAUAUUUCCAACAUCCCAUCAUGCAUUUUGUUUGAACCAUUUGAAAGAGAAACUUGGAUCUAAAUAUCCCCUUACAAAUGGUAAAUUGUUCCGGGAUGGAAUUGUUGAACUUUUUAUGAAAUGUGCUUAUGCUCCAACGGAAGUUGCUUUUGAGUUUAAUAUGAGAAAUUUAAAAGAAGAAGGUGGGGCUCCGGUUCAGAAUUUUCUAGAUAAUCUUCCUAAGGAGAAUUGGUCAUCUGCUCAUUUUAAGGGCAAUCGAUAUGGUGAAAUGUGUAAGAAUGCUUCUGAAUCAUUUCAUUCUUGGAUUUUGGAGCUAUGUGCGUUGCCCAUCUGUCAAAUGCUUGAGGGCAUCAGGAUUAAACUCAUGGUCAUGGUGUCCGAAAGAAGUAGUGAAGCGGGGCAGUGGUGUUCUGUUUUAUGUCCUGAGAUGGAGAAAACCUUGAGUGAAAUGUUGACUGUAGGUCAGCAUUGGAAUGCUAGCCGUUCCAGUACUUCUGUCUUUGAGGUUCAUGCUGAAGUUUCUGUUAUGGUUGAUUUGGUUAAUCAUUUUUGCUCCUGUCAUGAUUGGCAAAUAAAAGGCUUUCCCUGUGCUCACGCACUUGUUGCUGUUCAAAAAAAUUCUGGUUGCAUGUAUGACUACAUUGAUGAUUACUUCAAGUUGAGCUACUAUAGAAGUUCAUAUGCGACUCUUAUUUCUCCUAUACCUGACAUUAAGGAUAUGAUGCAUGAGGGUUCAGAAGAUGUUAUCCUACCUCCACUUAUUAAGAAGGGUAGACCAAGGACUAAAACGAUUAAAUCUGUUAGUAAAGUUCCAAGGGCCAUUACAUGCAGUCGAUGUGGUGCGGCUGCAAGGCAUAAUAAGAAGACUUGUACUGCAAAUUUUUGAUUUUGUUUCACAGUAUUUUCGUUGCAGUGUACAUAAAUUCUAUGAUGUGUUUUUGUACCUUUUUCAACAUUUUUGAUCAUUUUUGCAUGGUUCAUAUUGAAGAAA